AUGUAUUGUAAAGAAGCUUUAGUUUUUUAUUUUUUGUUUAUAAUUCAGAUCGCCAUUACAUUUCCAAUCGGUCUGCAAACACCUAUGAACAAUGUCAAUUCCUUCAACCAGAAGAUACUACCAGAAUCUGUGGCCUCUGCAACGCCGGUAAUCACCGAAAUUGUACCUUCUCUGCAGUUCGGUGAAAUUACCGUCGCUGGUGAUUUACCUGUAGGGGGUAGUAUAAGGGUGAAGGGAUGCUUCCCGGUGUACGGUACUGUAGCGGUGGAUGGGGGGCUACCGUCUGCGGGGACGGCUAUCGUGAACACUGGUGGAGGUGUACUAGCUCAAAUUGUUUGA